AUGGAGGCAGGCCAUAUAGUGCACCCGGACAAAGGAGACAUGCAAGAGUAUACCCGUAUGGAUAAGGAUCGGAUGAACAACGAUAACUUGGAGCGGCAGAGUAGACAGGCCAAAGAGAAUCAGUCCUGGGAAGACUUCUUGCAGGAGCAAGAGCGGAAUAACUUGAGCUUGAAAUCAUUGUUACUGGGGAACAAGAAGCCCCGAGACCUGUACCAAGAUCCCCAUAGAAAUUUGGAGCAGAAGUGGAAGAAGGAGUUUAUCAAAGAACGCGAAGAGACACAGAGAAAAGAAGAAGAAAAGGAGGACGAGGAGAAGGCAAAGAAGAAAGAAGAGCGACGUCGGCAAAAGCUGAAGGAAGCACGAGAGGUUUAA